AUACGUGGGAGACGCAUGCGCAUAACGAAUGCUGCGCAUGCGUUCGACUCAGAAGCGAGUAAUCAAGUAAUUGCAAUGUGUGAUAAUACUAACACGACGACGCAGAGUAUAGCGGACUACUUGUCACAGUUACUAAAAGACAGAAAGCAGUUAGCUGCUUUCCCUAAUGUCUUCAUACAUGUAGAGCGCCUACUAGACGAAGAAAUCGCGAAGGUGCGGGCAAGUUUAUUCCAAAUCAGUGGUGUCAAAAAGGAACCACUGGUUUUGCCAGAACCGGAGGGCGAGAUCACGACGUUGACAGAGAAAGUCUAUGUACCUGUUAAAGAACAUCCAGAUUUUAACUUUGUUGGGAGAAUCCUUGGACCACGCGGGAUGACGGCCAAGCAAUUGGAGCAAGAAACAGGAUGCAAAAUCAUGGUGCGGGGUAAAGGAUCUAUGAGGGACAAAAAGAAGGAGGAGUUAAAUCGAGGUAAACCAAACUGGGAGCACCUAACGGAUGAACUGCAUGUUUUAUUAACAGUCGAUGAUACUGAAAAUCGUGCCACAUUAAAACUUGCCAGAGCUGUGGAAGAAGUCAAGAAACUCCUUGUUCCCGUGCAGGCUGAUGGGGAGGAUGAACUGAAAAAGCGACAGUUAAUGGAGCUCGCUAUCAUAAAUGGUACCUACCGGGAUUCCAACACAAAAGUGGCUGCGGUUACAGAUCUAUUGAACGUUUCAGCCUGCGACGAGGAAUGGAGACGCGUCGCGGUGGCCGCGGCAGAAACGCAACGACUUCUACCGGGUCUGGCCACACCUAUGAGGACACCCAGCGCCCCAUUGGGUGCACCGCUAAUACUCUCACCGCGGAUAUCAGUACCAACGACCGCGGCGUCUCUUCUGAAUGGUUCAGGCCCGCCAGGCUCGCUUCUCUCUGCCGGCGAUCCUCACGGAUUAAUCUACACGCCGUACGCUGAUUACGCCAAUUACGCAGCCCUGGCAGGAUCACCUCUGCUCACGGAAUACACGACUGCUGAUCAUUCUGGUGGGUUGUUUGCUCGCUGAUCUUAGUUGCAAGAUCGUUCAUCCAUGAGUAUUCUCCUUGACCCCCCCACUUCUGCUUUUUGAUCUCCCCCUUGUUCUUUCAGCACAAAAGAAAGAGAAAAACAGAAUGUGUGUGCGAAAAAGAGAGACAAUUGAAAGGCAAAUACAUAUUUUACGGUUUC